GACUUUCAUGUCGAGCCCUCGUGGGAUCGUUGGAGGUUUUUGUGCAACUUAUUAGAGAUUGGCCUAAUAACUGCGAGCAAGGGUGUGGUGGUUCAUGGGGCGCAAUACCGCUGCACACAGACGCUGGGGCCAGUCCGUUGAGCGGCCAUUGAACGGGGAUGGGGCCACUGAUACCGCACUGGCACCAGCGCGCCGAAAGCGAUUGAUUGAUUGGGGCGCUGGGGGGGGAAGGGAAAAAAAGACAAUUGCAGUGCAGAGAGCAAGCAUCAGUGAUGGAAGUCGUCAAGUGGGCCGGGUACAAAGUGCAAGUGGUACAAAUUGGGCCGCUGGGGUGCCAGGGUCAGGGGGUGCUAGGGCCAGGGCCAGGGCAGCCAGGGCGUCCGUCCAGGGCAGGGGCCAGGGAGUAUCCGUCAGGGUCAAGUGUGUCCAGUGCAAGUGCAACUGGGCACUUUGGUACCUCGAGCUGCCCGGCAAUAAAAGUUGCAAGGAUUGCGGCGCCCCGGUCUUUGGAGAGGCACGCGGGCUGGCUGCUAAUCAAGAAUACUUUUUGCCAUGCCACUACCUCCACGUGGUACAUGGUAUGCCACUAUAUGCCAGCCGAGCUAGAUAUGUUGGACACGUUACCACAGGCGGCGAGCGACUGUUGCCCACAAGACUGAUAGCAUAAAGAAAGGUGCUUGAGUAC